AUGGGCAUACGGUUUCAUAUCAACUACACCAAAGAGAGUGAUAUGCUUGGGACUGCCAUUUUUGACGUGCCUCCAAACGCCCAGGUAUCAGGAGUUUGCGGAAACUCGCAUUCGACCUUGACCCUGACGUUCUACGACGCCAUGUUUAAUCUGACGCUCUCGUUCUCGCGAGAACGCGGCGACGACCACGUGACCACGUAUCGCGGGACUGCCGCUCGCCUUUCCUUCGAGGAAGUUCCCGCCAUUUUCUCAGACACGCUAACGCCGAACAAACCCCGAGAGAUCUCAAACACGACUCUCAAUCUCUUCCCAACAAACGCCCGACAUUCUUACAAGUGUUCUAAAGUCAUCAGUGUCGCUCUUACCAAAAACGUUUCCGUAGCGUUCUACCAAGUUCAGGUCCAGCCGUUUGACGUGCAAUCCGGAAACUUUUCCCAGGCAGAGGAAUGUGUAGGUGACUCCAAAGGCGGCAAGGAUGAAAUACUGAUCGUAGUUGUCGGAGUUGUGCUGUUGGUGAUAGCAGUGGGGAUUGCAGUGGCUGGGGUUAUUGGACGACGGACUCAGAAAUCAAAGUACAGGCCUCUUGAAAAUAUUGCAGACUGA